GUGCUGGUGGAGCUGUACAGAAAGUGACUGCUGUUUCACCUUCUUUUUCUUCCAAUCUUUGUUAGUUUUGCAUCUUAGUUUGAGCAGAGAGAGAGAGAGAGAUGGGGAAUUGUCAGGCCAUUGAUGCUGCUGCGUUGGUGAUACAACAUCCGUGUGGGAAGAUGGACAGAUUGUAUUGGUCCGUACCCGUGAGCGAAGUCAUGAGGAUGAAUCCCGGUCAUUGUAUUUCGCUCAUCAUUCUAUUACCUGAUCGGAACGACAAUCCAGAAGACGAGACCGUACGUUUCACUCGUGUCAAGCUUCUUCGUCCUGGUGAAACUCUCACACUCGGCCAUGCUUAUUGCCUCGUCACAUCUCAUGAGGUUAUGGAGGUUUUAAGGGCGAAGAAAUAUGCGAAACCGAAACGGCAACAACACCUGGAAUCAAGUGAAAAGCUGCAGCAUGAACAAGAACAAGGGAACCAAAGCUUGCAGUCUCAGGCGGCAAUGACAAAGCAUGAAAGACGACGCCCGACGAUAGCACCUGCGAACGCAGCUGCAAUGAGCUCAAAAUCAUGGCGGCCUUCAUUACAGAGCACCUCCGAGUCUUCAACCUAG